AAAAGUAGUACGGAUAUUGAAACUGUUUGACAUCAUUAAAAUCUCCGAGCCAGUGUAGGAGGACCGGAAGUGGCAGUUGGUAGGCAGUUAGGGAAAAAGGGCUUAGGCCAUUGCGUUUGGAUUUUAAUAACCAAACCGGACAAACGUAGAUUAGAUUAGACCAAACAAACUUAAGUAAGCGGUAUCGGCGUACGUUAGUCUCUUCCAGGCUUAAAUAAUCUGUUCCCAGGCUAACCCUUGAAACCCUCUCCAGCACCCUACCACAACCGUUAUUCCAUCAGAUCCUCUGACAUGGACCCACUCUUUGACCGAAUCAACGUCCGCGAUCUUCUCUCCGGUCACGACCUCUCGGACCCUUCGACGCCACUAUCCGCACCGGAUCUCCGCCUCAUCAUCGGCCGCCUCGAAUCCCACUCUCUUCAUAUCAAAUCAAAAGUCCGUUCUUACCUCCUUUCUCACCGCGAAGACUUUGCCUCACUCUUCUCCCAGUGCAACGAUGCCGUUUUCAAGACUAACGAAAUCUCUGACAACGUCUCCGGUAUUCUUUCGUUGAUCUCCGACCGCCCCAUCGAUGUCGAGAUCCGUAAGUUGGUUGAUGAGAUUGGGAGGACAACGAAGGAGGCUAGGGAAAAGAGGGAGAUGUUAGGGUUGUUGAAGAUAAUCGUAGGGAUCUGCGAGAGGUUAGAAGGCGCCAGAUCAGCUUUUAGUGAUGGACGACUCAGAUUUGCCGCCGAGGAAGUUAAAGAGUUGAAGAAGGCUUUGAGGAUUGGCGAUGAAGAAGAAGGAGAGCCUAUCGUGUAUGGUUUGCUGCGGAAACAGUGGGCGGAUUUUUUCGAUGAGAUGCAAGACUUGUUUUCCAAGUUCAUGGAAAAUGCAGUUCGGUUCGAGCAGGAUUCUAGAACAAUUAGAGUGAAAUACAAAUUAUGUGUUGAUAAAAUGGAUGGGAUUGAACUUCAUACGGUCAUGGAAGCAAUGGAUGUUGCUGGAAUUCUGGAUUAUUGUCUUGCUAAAGCAGCUGACUUGAUAAUUAAGCAUGCCAUCACUCCAGCUGUAAGCUAUGGAUCACCUGUAAUGUUUGCAGAAGAUGUAAAUCAAGGUUCCGAAGGAAUCUCAGAAACAGUACUGAAGAUAUUACCUUCACAAGAUUGCAAGAUUGUAGAUGUGGAUGGAGAUGCUAUCUAUGCAAGAGUUAUUCAAGUCAUCAAGUUUAUUUUCAAGCAUAUAUGCUUUGAGAAUGGUUCAUGGAUUCGUUCUUUUGGAAGGUUAACUUGGCCAAGGAUAUCAGAUAUUAUCAUCUCAAAGUUUCUUUCAAAGGUUGUUCCAGAAGAUGCUUCCAAACUUGUGGACUUUCAGAAGAUAGUCAAGUGUACAUCAGAAUUUGAGUUCUCUUUAAAGGAAAUGAUGUUCAUAUCAGCAUCCGAUGGCAAAGAUUACAGGUUGAGCAGUUUUUCUGAAAAUGUUGAGGUUCACUUUGCAUUUAGGAAGAAAACAGAAAUCUUGGGAAAAGCUAGAAAUUCACUCCUUCAAUGUGAUUUCUCUCUUCCUCAAGAUUACACUUCCAAAGGCCCUUUACUGAAGAACGAUGGAAUGGCUAUAAAUUCUUCCAACCAAGUUGUUGAUUUGAUUUUUUCAUCUGAGAGGUGUGUGGUAUCAAAAGCAGCCUCCCAACUGAUGGAGCUCGUGCAUCAGACACUUCAGGAUGUUUGCUUGUCAUCUGCAAGAGUUGCUUUGGAAUUCUAUCAUGCUGUAAGAGAUGCUAUACUUCUUUAUGAAGCUGUUAUUCCUGUCAAGUUAGAAAGGCAGCUUGAUGGUAUCAACCAGGUUGCUAUUCUCAUGUACAAUGAUUGUCUUUUUUUAUCUCAGGAGAUACUUGGGCUUGCAUUUGAGUAUCGCACAGACUUUCCAGAUUCUAUUAAAGAACAUGCUGUAUUUGCUGAUAUGGCUCCAAGAUUUCAUCUCAUGGCUGAAGAAAUACUGCAGAGGCAAAUCCGGAUUGUUAUUUUUAAUCUGAGAGAGGCCAUAGAUGGUGCUGACGGAUUUCAAAAUACCCAUCAAAUGCAACAAUUUGAAUCUGCUAAAUUCAGCAUAGAUCAGGCUGUUUUUAUUCUUGAGAAAGUACAUAUAAUAUGGGAGCCACUGUUACGGCCUUCGACUUAUAAGAGAAGUAUGUGCAUGGUUUUAGAGUCCGUCUUCUCUAGAAUCACUAAAGACAUACUUUUGCUUGAUGAUCUGGCUGCGGAAGAAACAUUACAGCUCCAAAGACUAAUCCAUAUGAUGCUGGACAACCUAUCUUCUUUAUUGAAGUCUCUGAUUUCUGCUUUUGACUCUAAUGCAAAGUCAGAAGAAGAUACCAGCCGUCCUAUAGAUGAUCUUAUACCAUCUUUACGAAAAAUUCGCAAACUAGGAGAAUUGUUAGAUAUGCCUUUAAAAUCAAUCACCUCAGCGUGGGAAAGUGGAGAACUUAUGAGCUGUGGUUUUACAAUACUAGAGUUGAAAGACUUCAUCAGAGCAAUAUUCGCAGACUCAACUUUGAGAAAAGAAUGCAUAUGGCGUAUAGAAAAUGUGAGUUUGUAUUAGGAGUUUUACAGUCUCCUUGGACUUUCGUGAUCCCCACUCUACUAAUAUUAAAAAAAAAGAAGUUUUUUUUAUGUAUAACUACCCUAAGUUAAGGUUUUUAAAAAGGAAAAAAAGAAAGUAAUAAUUUUGUUUGCCUUGCAAUUUUUUUUUUUGGCCAUUCCUUGCAAUUUAAUUAGAUUCUAACUUUUUUUUUCUUUUCUGUAUUGUAUUGUAAAUCAUGAUUGGUAACUUUAUGAUAUCUCCUACGAGUCAUACUUUUAGUCUAGAACAA